CGGAAGUGACGGUUGAAUAUAGUUUCGUUGUUAUAUCCCCGUCUCUUUAGCUAGUUACAUUUUGAGUUUUUAAGAACAAAACUGGUUAAUUUUAUUCUUAGCUGCCAGUAUGGCUAAAGAGGAAGGGUCACAUUGGUCGAAUGUUCUGAAAAGGAGGAUUGCCGUCUUAGAAAAGGACGAGAGGAACGAAGAGGAAAAGAAAGCAGAAGAAACGGAACUUUUCACCAAAUAUUACACAGAAUGGAGAAGCGGAGUGGAGACAGAUGAGUCCUACAAGACCAUUCCACGGUUCUAUUAUAAGCUUCCAGCAGAAGAGGAAGUUCUUCUGCAGAAACUGAGAGAAGAAUCCAGAGCUGUCUUCCUGCAGAGGAAAAGCAGAGAGCUGCUAGAUAAUGAAGAACUUCAGAAUCUGUGGUUUCUGCUUGAUAAACAUCAGGUCCCACCAGUAAGUGGAGAUGAGGCCAUGAUCAACUACGAAGCCUUCCUUCAGGUUGGGAAAAAGGCAGGGCCAAAGUGCAGGAAUUUUUUCACAGCAAGAGUGUACUCCAAGCUGCUCCACAAUGACCCAUAUGGCCGGAUAUCCAUCAUGCAGUUCUUUAACUAUGUCAUGAGGAAAGUGUGGUUGCAUCAAACCCGAAUAGGUCUCAGUCUGUAUGACGUGGCAGGACAAGGCUACCUCAGGGAGUCUGAUCUGGAGAACUACAUCCUGGAACUGAUCCCCACUCUGCCCCAGUUGGAUGGAUUGGAGAAGUCCUUUUACUCUUUCUACGUCUGCACAGCUGUUCGCAAGUUUUUUUUCUUCCUUGACCCGCUUCGCACUGGGAAAAUUAAAAUCCAGGAUAUCUUGGCCUGCAGUUUUCUGGACGACCUGUUAGAGUUGAGAGAUGAGGAGUUGUCUAAGGAAAGCCAGGAGUCCAACUGGUUCUCAGCCCCGUCGGCUCUCAGGGUCUACGGCCAGUACCUGAACCUGGACAAAGAUCACAACGGCAUGUUGAGCAAAGAAGAGUUAUCCCGCUACGGCACAGCUACUCUCACUUCGGUCUUCUUGGACAGAGUGUUUCAGGAGUGUCUCACCUACGAUGGAGAAAUGGACUAUAAGACCUAUCUGGACUUUGUACUGGCCCUGGAAAAUCGGAAGGAGCCCGCAGCAUUACAGUAUAUUUUUAAACUUCUGGACAUGGAGAAUCUGGGAUACCUCAACGUCUUCUCCCUUAACUUCUUUUUUAGGGCCAUUCAGGAGCAGAUGAAGCUGCACGGUCAGGAGCCUGUUUUUUUCCAGGAUGUGAAGGAUGAAAUCUUUGACAUGGUGAAGCCUAAGGACCCCUACAAGAUCACGCUCCAGGAUUUGGUGAACAGCUGCCAGGGAGACACAGUGGUCAGCAUUCUGAUCGACCUCAAUGGAUUCUGGACCUACGAGAACAGGGAGAUGCUGGUCGCCAACGACGACAGCAGCAAUACAGUUGACCUUGAUGAGACUUGAAGAGGAUCCCGAUAAAUACCGGCCGCAGCAGGAUUGUGACUGCGGUUUCAUUACUUAUGAAGACUGGGCUUAGGACAAGAGGAAGGAAGUGGGAUAAAGAAAAUGGAAGCGUGUUAAAACAUAUUUUGUAAAGAAACCAUUUGUAUAAAAUUAUUCUCAAAUCAA